AUGCGUCCGGAGAUUGAACAGGAGCUGGCUCACACCUUGCUGGUGGAGCUGCUCGCCUACCAGUUUGCCUCGCCCGUCCGAUGGAUUGAAACUCAGGAUGUUAUCCUCGCCGAACAACGCACCGAGCGAAUCGUCGAAAUUGGACCCGCAGAUACCCUCGGAGGAAUGGCCCGCCGGACUCUUGCCUCCAAAUACGAGGCCUACGAUGCCGCUACCUCCGUUCAACGUCAAAUUCUCUGCUACAACAAGGAUGCUAAGGAGAUCUACUAUGAUGUUGACCCCGUCGAUGACGAGGAACAGGCUGCAGAGGCUGCUCCUGCAUCAGCCCCCGCCGCCGCAUCUUCAGCACCCGCCGCCGCAGCUGCGGCACCCCCACCCCCAAAGUUGAAGAAGAGCUUGGCCGAUGUGCCAUUGACUAAAGCAAUUAAAGAUCUGGUUGGAGGUAAAUCCACAUUACAAAACGAAAUUCUAGGAGACCUUGGAAAGGAGUUUGGCUCCACACCCGAGAAGCCAGAAGACACUCCACUCGAUGAGUUGGGUGCCUCAAUGCAGGCCACCUUCAAUGGCCAAUUGGGCAAGCAGACUUCAUCUCUGAUCGCCCGUACAGUCUCGUCUAAGAUGCCCGGUGGCUUCAACAUCACAGCAGUCCGCAAGUAUCUAGAGACUCGGUGGGGCUUGGGCUCGGGCCGUCAGGACGGUGUGCUCUUGCUGGCGAUCACCAUGGAACCGGCAGCCCGUCUCGGCUCCGAUGCCGAUGCCAAGGCCUUCCUCGACGAUGUGACCAACAAGUACGCUGCCAGUGCGGGCAUCAACCUCUCAUCCCCCGCUGCCGGUGGAGAUGCCGGUGGCGGCGGUGGUGGUAUGAUGAUGGACCCGGCCGCCAUUGAUGCGCUCACCAAGGACCAGCGCGCUCUGUUCAAGCAGCAGCUGGAGGUCAUCGCCCGUUAUCUGAAGAUGGAUCUGCGUGCCGGUGACAAGGCAUUCGUCACCUCUCAAGAGACCCAGAAGGCACUGCAGGCUCAGAUCGACCUAUGGCAGGCCGAGCACGGUGAUUUCUACGCCUCCGGCAUCGAGCCUUCCUUCGACCCCCUCAAGGCCCGUGUUUACGAUUCUUCCUGGAACUGGGCCCGUCAAGAUGCACUCAGCAUGUACUACGACAUCAUUUUCGGCCGUCUCAAGGUUGUGGACCGCGAGAUUGUGAGUCGAUGCAUUCGUAUCAUGAACCGCUCCAACCCCCUACUCCUCGACUUCAUGCAAUACCACAUCGAUAACUGCCCGACUGAGCGCGGUGAAACAUACCAGCUCGCCAAGGAGUUGGGUCAACAGCUCAUUGAGAACUGCCGGGAGGUUCUCAAUGUUGCGCCUGUCUACAAGGACGUGGCCGUUCCCACUGGUCCCCAGACUACCAUCGAUGCUCGUGGAAACAUCGAUUACCAGGAGGUUGACCGUGCCAGUGCCCGUAAAUUAGAGCACUACGUGAAGCAGAUGGCUGAGGCUGGCCCGAUCUCCGAGUACAGCAACCGUACCAAGGUGCAGAAUGACCUAAAGAACGUCUACAAGCUCAUCCGCAAGCAGCAUCGUCUUUCCAAGUCGUCACAGCUUCAGUUCGAUGCCCUUUACAAGGACGUCUUGCACGCCCUUGGCAUGAACGAGAGCCAGAUCAUGCCCCAGGAGAACGGACAAGCCAAGAAGGGCCGUAACGGCCUCAAGCGCACUGUGACUCGCCCCGGUAAGGUGGAGACUAUUCCUUUCCUCCACCUGAAGAAGAAGAGCGACCACGGCUGGGACUACAGCAAGAAGUUGACUGGAACCUACCUGAACGUGUUGGAAUCCGCUGCUCGGGACGGUCUCUCCUUCCAGGGCAAGAAUGUCCUCAUGACUGGUGCUGGUGCUGGUUCUAUCGGCGCGGAGGUUCUGCAGGGCCUAAUCAGCGGUGGUGCCAAGGUCGUUGUUACCACCAGUCGCUUCUCUCGCCAGGUCACCGAGUACUACCAGGCCAUGUAUGCCCGCUACGGUGCUCGUGGAUCCCAGUUGGUUGUGGUGCCCUUCAACCAGGGUAGCCAGCAAGAUGUCCAGGCCCUUGUCGACUAUAUUUAUGACACCAAGAAGGGUCUGGGCUGGGACCUGGACUUUGUAGUGCCCUUCGCUGCCAUUCCCGAGAAUGGCCGAGAGAUCGACUCCAUCGACUCCAAAUCUGAGCUGGCUCACCGUAUCAUGCUGACCAACCUGCUGCGUCUCCUGGGUGGCAUCAAAACCCAAAAGCACGCCCACGGCUUCGAGACCCGCCCGGCUCAGGUCAUCUUGCCGCUGUCACCUAAUCACGGUACCUUUGGUAACGAUGGCCUCUACUCUGAAUCCAAGCUUGCUCUGGAGACCCUCUUCAACCGUUGGUACUCGGAGAACUGGAGCAACUACCUCACCAUCUGUGGUGCGGUCAUUGGCUGGACUCGUGGUACCGGUUUGAUGAGCGGUAACAACAUGGUUGCCGAGGGCGUUGAGAAACUCGGUGUUCGCACCUUCUCCCAGCAGGAGAUGGCUUUCAACCUUUUGGGUCUGAUGUCUCCUGCUAUCGUCAACCUCUGCCAGUCCGACCCUGUCUUUGCCGAUCUCAACGGAGGUCUUCAGUUCAUCCCUGACCUCAAGGGCUUGAUGACCAAGCUCCGCACUGACAUCAUGGAGAGCAGUGACAUUCGCCAGGCUGUCAUUAAGGAGACUGCCAUUGAGAACACCGUCAUUAAUGGUGAGGAUAGUGGUGCCCUGUACAAGAAGGUUGUUGCUGAGCCUCGUGCCAACAUCAAAUUCGAGUUCCCCACUCUCCCUGACUGGGAGACUGAGGUCAAGCCCAUCAAUGAGUCUCUCAAGGGCAUGGUCAACCUCGACAAGGUUGUCGUCGUUACUGGUUUCGCUGAGGUCGGCCCCUGGGGUAAUUCUCGCACUCGUUGGCAGAUGGAGGCUUAUGGCAAGUUCUCUCUGGAGGGCUGCGUCGAGAUGGCCUGGAUCAUGGGUCUGAUUAAGCACCACAAUGGUCCCCUUAAGGGCAAGGCCUACUCUGGCUGGGUCGACGCUAAGACCGGUGAUCCCGUCGAUGAUAAGGAUGUCAAGCCCAAGUACGAGAAGUUCAUUUUGGAGCACACUGGUAUCCGUCUGAUCGAGCCAGAGCUGUUCAAGGGAUACGAUCCCAAAAAGAAGCAGCUGCUGCAAGAGAUCGUCAUCCAGGAGGAUCUCGAGCCCUUCGAGGCCUCCAAGGAGACUGCCGAGGAGUUCAAGCGCGAGCACGGAGACAAUGUCGAAAUCUUCGAGAUCCCCGAGUCUGGCGAGUACACCGUCCGUCUUCGCAAGGGUGCCAACCUGCUUAUCCCUAAGGCUCUCCAGUUCGACCGUCUGGUCGCUGGUCAGGUCCCGACUGGUUGGGAUGCCCGCCGCUAUGGUAUUCCCGAUGAUAUCAUCGAGCAGGUGGAUCCUGUGACCUUGUUCGUCCUGGUCUGUACUGCCGAGUCUAUGCUCUCAGCUGGUAUCACCGAUCCCUACGAGUUCUACAAAUAUGUCCACCUCUCUGAGGUCGGUAACUGUAUUGGUUCGGGUAUCGGUGGUACCCACGCUUUGCGUGGAAUGUACAAGGACCGCUACCUCGACAAGCCUCUGCAGAAGGAUAUCUUGCAAGAGUCCUUCAUCAAUACCAUGAGUGCUUGGGUCAACAUGUUGCUUUUGUCAUCCACUGGUCCCAUCAAGACUCCUGUCGGUGCCUGUGCCACCGCUGUUGAGUCCGUCGAUAUCGGUUACGAGACCAUCGUCGAGGGCAAGGCCCGUGUCUGCUUCGUUGGUGGUUUCGAUGACUUCCAGGAGGAGGGCUCCUACGAGUUCGCCAACAUGAAGGCUACUAGCAACGCCGAAGAUGAGUUCGCUCACGGUCGUACCCCGCAAGAGAUGUCUCGUCCCACCACCACCACCCGUGCCGGAUUCAUGGAAUCGCAGGGCUGUGGUAUGCAGCUCAUCAUGAGCGCUCAACUUGCUCUCGACAUGGGUGUGCCUAUCCACGGUAUCAUCGCUCUGACAACCACCGCCACUGACAAGAUUGGCCGCUCAGUCCCUGCCCCUGGCCAAGGUGUCCUCACCACUGCUCGUGAGAACCCUGGCAAGUUCCCUUCACCUCUACUGGACAUCAAGUACCGUCGCCGCCAAAUGGAGCUGCGCAAGAAGCAAAUUAAGGAGUGGCACGAGUCCGAGCUGCUCUACCUGCAGGAGGAAGUUGAUGCUAUGCAGGCUCAGAGCGACGAGACAUUCAAUGCCUCUGAGUACAUGAACGAGCGCGCUCAGCACAUUGAACGUGAGGCUAUUCGCCAGGAGAAGGAUGCACAGUUCUCCCUGGGCAACAACUUCUGGAAGCAGGAUUCCCGCAUCGCUCCUUUGCGUGGUGCCCUGGCCACUUGGGGUCUGACGGUUGAUGACAUUGGUGUCGCCUCCUUCCACGGUACCUCGACUGUUGCCAACGACAAGAACGAGUCCGAUGUGAUUUGCCAGCAGCUCAAGCACCUUGGUCGCAAGAAGGGUAAUGCCGUGAUGGGUAUCUUCCAGAAGUACCUCACCGGUCACCCCAAGGGUGCUGCUGGUGCCUGGAUGUUCAACGGUUGUCUCCAAGUAUUGGAGUCCGGUCUUGUCCCCGGUAACCGCAACGCCGAUAACGUUGAUAAGGUGAUGGAGAAGUUCGACUACAUCGUGUACCCCAGCCGUUCCAUCCAGACCGAUGGAAUCAAGGCCUUCUCGGUCACCUCCUUCGGUUUCGGUCAGAAGGGUGCCCAGGUUAUUGGUCUUCACCCCAAGUACCUGUACGCCACCCUUGACCAGGCUCAGUACGAGACCUACAAGACCAAGGUCGAGUCCCGUCAAAAGAAGGCCUACCGCUACUUCCACAACGGCUUGAUCAACAACACCAUCUUCGUCGCCAAGAACAAGGCUCCUUAUGAGGACGAGAUGCAGAGCAAGGUCUUCCUGAACCCCGACUACAGGGUGACUCUUGAUAAGAAGACCUCUGAGCUGAAGUACUCGGCCACUCCCCCUAAGCCCGAGUCUUCUAGCGAGGCAAGCACACGCCAGAUGGUUGAGUCCUUGGCCAAGGCCAACGCAACCGCGAACUCCAAGGUCGGUGUGGACGUUGAGAGCAUCGAUGCGAUUAAUAUCGACAAUGAGACUUUCGUUGAGCGCAACUUCACCAUCGGUGAGCAGGAAUACUGUCGCAAGGCCCCCUCUCCUCAGUCCUCAUUUGCAGGACGAUGGAGCGCUAAGGAAGCUGUCUUCAAGUCGCUCGGUGUGAGCAGCAAGGGUGCCGGUGCCGCUUUGAAGGAGAUUGAGAUUACAAGUGACGCCAACGGUGCUCCUGUGGUUAACCUCCACGGUGCAGCCGCUGCCGCAGCCAAGCAAGCUGGUGUCAAGUCAAUCACUGUUAGCAUCAGCCACAGCGAUACUCAAGCUGUCGCCGUCGCUGUUUCGCAGCUUUGA